AUGCCUACAGACGCUGAUUAUUUAAUCGAUUCUCAAGACCCUCGUCAUCCAGCAAAUUUGAUCUGUACACUAUGCAAGCAGUUCUUUGAUUUCAAUUGGUGUACUGGUACUGGUGGUGGUAUAUCCAUCAAGCAUCCACAGACUGGGCAUCUUUAUGUAGCUCCCUCAGGUGUGCAAAAGGAGCAGAUGAAACCUCAUGAUAUGUUUGUUGUUGAUGGCAAGAGCUAUGAGUAUUUGAGGAUCCCACCAGGUUUGAAACCAAGCGCUUGUACACCACUUUUCAAUGCAUGCUACAAGUACAAAUCUGCUGGUGCUAUUGUUCAUACCCAUUCUUUAAAUGCUGUGACAUGUUCACUAAUAUUUGGCCAAGAGUUUAGAAUUAGAGGUGUGGAACAGAUUAAGGCAAUCCCAAGUGAUCGUAAAGAUCCCAGCACGGGUAAAGUAUUAAAUCUAAACUGGGACGAUACAUGUGUUAUUCCAAUCAUUGAAAAUAGACCACAUGAGGACCAGUUAGAGGAUCCAUUAAUGGAAACUUUUGAGAAAUAUCCUCAUGCAUGUGCAGUAAUAGUUAGACGCCAUGGUAUAUUCGUCUGGGGUCCUACUAUAGAGAAGGCUAAAGUCAUCAAUGAAGCGCUUGAUUAUUUAAUGGAAUUAGCAGUAAAAAUGCACCAGUUGGGUAUUCCACCCGACUGUAGUGUGGGUCAGGAAUCUAAAUACAUAUCAAAGCAUUAA